GUACAGAUAUCUAAUUAUCAAACUUUCAACUUUAAAUCCCACACGACGGAUUCAACUUAAAGCAGCAAACCUUUAAGCUGGCUUUUGAAGUUCUGAUCAGAACAAAUUUUCUUCAUGCGACUCAGAAUCCAGAAGAACACCGAUGGCAACGGAAGCUGAUGUUCCGGAAUCCAUAUCCGUCACGACAGAAGCGGGAGACGGAUAUGUGUCAACGGGGAAGUUUGACAUAACUGUCGACCAAUGUUCCCCAUUACAGUUGAAAAAAUCCGAAGGCCAGGAGGAUCAACAUCCUGAACCGGUGAAAUGCCUUGUAGAGGGUGAAACGGCGCGUGUUGAAAGCAAGAACGGAGUCUCAGAGUGCGGAAAUCCUUUGGAACCACUCUCAGAUCCAAAGGUUGGCAAACAAGAGACCUGCGUAGCGGAGAGUGUCCAAGUUGAUGAAUCAAAUCAAGCAGAAACAGGGAUUCCAGAUUGGGAAAAUGGAGAAAAAGGAAGUGAAGAAAAGGAAGCCGUGGAGGCAACGGAGAAAAAGUCUGAACAACAUGUUGAGAGUAAUGGCAUUGUAAAUGCUGAAGCAGCGGAAGCAUCGAGAAGUAAGAUAAACCUUGAUGAACACGUUCAAGUAAUCUCGGACCAACAGGAUUCCGUGGAUGAAAUUCCACCGCAGAAGUCUUUUGCCAUGGUGUAUGAGGAAAAGGGUCCUGAAGUAACCUUGGAAACUAAAGAAAGCGCUGAGGACAAGCUCGAAAGUGCAUCCAUGUUAGAUGAACACGAAGAAAAAGCUGGACUUGGAAAGGAAAUCCAAGAGAAGAACAUCCCAGAUACUCCAUUACCCACACAAACAGAAGAUAUCAUUGAGGAGAGUCCAAAAGAAGUUAAGAACCAAUAUGAAACCGUUGAGGAAACUCCCGAAGCUAGUAGCGCUGCAAGUGAAUCAGUUAAGGAGGAUGAAAAUGCAGAAUGUCAGGUUGAAAUUCCAUGCACCAAACGCGAGGAAGAUACACUGAAAAAAAGCGAGACACUGGAUACAGGAGAGGCUUCAGUGGUGGAGGAGGAAGUUCUUAAUGUUUCAACUGUGAAAUGUGACGAAGGUGAUCGGGGAGAUGGUACCAACCCAACUAAGGAUGACAAAGAUGUAGACACAUUUACCGCCAAAGUGGCUGAAGAUACUAUUCCAGUCACAAUUACAGAAACGAGCGCGAAAGUAACACCAAAUUAUGAAGAAAGUUCACCACAGACCUUGCAGAAAUGUGAUUCAGGAGAGGAGCUUCAACAUUUGCGGGACGUGAUGCCUGAGGAAACUAAGACAGAAACAUCCCGGGAGAAUGCAGAAGAAAUUACCUGCACGAAAGAGGAAACAACAACUCAGAACACGCAAGAAUCCUUGGACGAAGAAAAGAAAGAAGCCACUGAAAACACAAACAAUUUAGAAGAUGACAAUGCAAGGGACGAGGUGCUUGAGACUGCCGGUACAGAACAAGAAACCGGAGAACACGUGGUUAGGGAAAUUCAUACGGUCGCAGAACCACCUCAAGAUUUCGUUGAUAAAGAAACAAAUGAAGAAACCUCCACGGAAUAUCAGGCUUGUACUGAGGCAGCUGAUUUGAGUAUAAAUACAGCGGAAAAGAACUUACAGGAACAGGCUAUUCUGGAACUCUCUUCACCGUUGGUAGUAGAAGAAACAGCUAAGGAAAUCCCAAAGGAUGAAGAAACCGAUGUAUUGAUUCUAAAAGAAGAGAACAAGGAAGAAGAUGCAGAAUGUAACGAGCCCGCUGAGGUAAAGAGUAUGACACGUGAAGCACUACCUGAAACCACAGAGGACAUAACAGAGUCAAACAAGGACCUCAAUGCUCCAAUUUCAGAAGAAAGCAACAGAACAUUUGUUGAAAAUAUUUCCUCUCUCGCUGAGGUAUCUGAGACGGAAACUGAGAAAAAUAUUCAGGAGAAAGAUGGCCUGGAGGUUAGCAAUUCUGACUUUGUGUCGGGUGAAGUGAGUCAUGUAACAGGUUUGAAGGAAGCUGAAACAGAAAGAGAGCAGAAAGAAAAUAUUGAUACUGCUCCGGAAGAGAAGGCUCAAGCAACCAUCUUAACAGAUGAAACUGCCUCGGAAGUUGAAGAUAUUGGUGUACAAGCAGAGGAAAAUUGUGAAUCAAAAGAGAAGUUGGAGGAGCAUAUUCCAACAGCAGCAGAUGAGGGUGAAACAUUCUUGAAGGAAGCCGAGGCAGAAAAGAAGGAGCAGAUAAAAUAUAGUGAUAUUGCUGCUGAAGAGAGGGAAGCAAACAUCUUAACAGAUGAGACACCCUUGGAAGAUACUGACGUGCAAGCAGAGAAAAAUGUCAAACCAAUAGAGAACUUGGAGGAGCAGAUCCCAAUACGAGCAGAUGAAGGCGAAACGUUCCUGAAGGAAGCCGAAGCAGAGAGCAAGGAUGAGAUAAAAAAUACUGAUGCUUCUCAUGAAGAUAUUGAUGGACAAGGAGAGGAAGUUGUCAAUUCUGAGGAGAACUUGGACAAGCAGAUUCCAACAGGCGACUGUGAAACAAGCUUGAAAGAAGCCGAAGCAGAAAAGGAGGAGCAGGGAAAAAGUACGGAUAUUGUUCUGGAAGAGAAGGGUCCGGAAAUCAUCCUAACAGAUGCAACAUCCUUGGACGUCGAAGAUAUUGAGGUAAAAGCAAAGGACUAUGUUGAAUCAAAAGAGAACGAGGAGGAGCAGAUUCCAAUAGCAGCAGAUGAAGAAAAAACUACUUAUAUUUCUCUUGAAGAUAUUGAUGUACAAGCAGAGGAAAAUUUCAUUACACGAGAGAAUUUGGAGAACCCCAUUCUAACAACCUCAGAUGAACAAGAAAGAGGCACGGAAGAAACCGAAGCAGAAAUUAAGGCGCAGGUGAAAAGUAUUGAUAUUGUUCCUGAAGAGAAGGGUCUAGAAACCAUCUCAACAGCCGAGACACCCUUGGUCCUCGAAGAUAUCGAUGUAAAAGCAGAGGAAAGUUUCGAAUCAAAAGAGAAUGUAGAGGAGCAGACUCCAACAGCAGCAGAUGAAGGUGAAAAAUCCUUGAAGGAAGUCAAAGCAGAAACCAAGGAGCAGAUCGACGAGGAAAAUUUGAAUCCACAAGAAUCCUCAGAUAAGGAAAAGGAAGAAGUGACUGAAAUUACAAACACAAUAGAAGAUGACACAGAAAGGGAGGAGGUGCUUGAGACUACCAGUACAGAGCAAAUAACUGGAGAACAUGUGGUGCACGAAAUUCAUACUGUUGCAGAACCCCCUCAAGAUUCCAUUGAUAAAGAAACAAAUGAAGGGAACUCUGCGGAACAUCAGGCAUGUACUGAGGCAGCUGAUUUGAGUACAACAGCAGAGGAAAAGAACUUAGAGGAACAUGCCAUUCAGGAACUCUCUUCUCCGCUGGUAGUAGAAGAAGCAACUAACAAAAUCCCAAAGAUCGAAAUGCAGGACAAAGACAUUGAUACUGUUCCUGAAGAGAGGGGUCGACCAACUAUCUUAGCAAAUGAAAUGGCCUCGGAAGUUGAAGAUAUUGAUGUACAAUUAAAGGAGAAUUUUGAGUCAAAAGAGAACUUGGAGGAACAAUUUCCUAUAGCUGCAGAUGAAGGUGAAAUAUUCUUGAAAGAAGCCGAAGCAGAAAACAAGGAGCAGAUAAAAAAUGCUGAUAUUGCUCAUGAAGAUGUUGAUGUACAAGCGGAGAAAACUGUCAAUUCAGAAGAGGACAUAGAUAAGCAGAUUCCGCCAAUAGCAGAUGAAGGCGAAACAAGCUUGAAAGAAGCUGAAGCAGAAAUUAAGGAGCAGGUCGCAUAUGCUGAUAUUGUUCCCGAAGAUAAGGGUGUAGCAGCCAUCUUAACAGAUGAGACACCCUUGGAAGCAGAAGAUACUGGUGUGCAAGCGGGGGAAAGUUUUGAAUCAAAAGAGAAGUUCGAGGAGAAAAAUCCAAUCGAAACUGAUGAAGAUGAAACAUUCUUGAAGGAAGCCGAAGCAGAAAGCAAGGAGCAAAUAAAAUAUAGUGAUAUUGCUCCUGAAGACAAGGGUCUAGCAACCAUCUUAACAGAUGAAAAGGCUUCGAACAUUGUAGAUAUUGGUUUACAAGCGAAGGAAACUUUCAACUCGAGCAAGAACUUGGAGAGUAAGAUUCCAUCAACAGCAGAUGAAUAUGAAACAAGCUUGAAAGAAGCCGAAGCAGUAAAUACGGAGCAGGUCAAAUAUACUGAUAUUGUUCCUGAAGAGAAGGGUCUAGCAAACAUCGUAACGGGUGAAACAUCCUUGGACGUGGAAAAUAUUGAUGUAAAAGCUGAUGAAAAUUUCGAAUCAAAAGAGAACAUGGAGGAGCAGUUUCCAACUGCACCACAUGAGAGCGGAUCAUUCUUGAAUGAAGCUGAAGCAGAAAAUAAGGAGCAUAUAAAAAAUACUGAUAUUUCUCCUGAAGAGAAAGGUAUAGCAACCAUCUCAACAAAUGAAGCAACAUUGGAUGUGGAAGAUAUUGGUGUACAAGCAGAGAGAAGCUUUGAAUCAAAAGAGGACUUCGAGGAGAAAAUCCCAAUAGCAGCAGAUGAGGAUGAAACUUUUGUGAAGAAAGCCGAAGCAGAAACCAAGGAGCAAAUAAAAUGUAGUGAGAUUGCCCCGGAAGAGAAGGGUCUAGCAAACUUAAGAGAUGAAACAUCCUUGGACUUGAAAGAUAUUGAUGUAAAAGCAGAUGAAAGUUUUGAAUCAAAUGAGAACCUGGAGGAGCAGAUUCCAACAGCAGCAGGGGAAGGUGAAACACGUUUGAGGGAGGCCGAAGCAGAAAACGAUGUUCAGGUCAAAAAUGAUAUUGCUCUUGAAGAGAAGGUUCUGCCAACCAUCUCGAAAGAUGAAAUGGCCUUGAACAUUGAUGAUGCUUAUGUGCAAGCAGAGGCAAAUUCCGACACAAAAGAGUUCUCAGACGAGCAGAUUACAACAGCAUCUGAUGAAGGUGAAGGGAAGAUAGCACAUGGAAAUGUAGUUUUGAAUGACACACCUAGAGUACAAAUUCUUGAAGAAGCAGAACCGAAAGUGGGAGUCGAGGAGAAGAGUUGCAAGUCAGAAGAUCAACCUGAAAAGACUAACACGAUAGUUGAAGAGGUCUUUGAUGAGCCAAAGAUCACAGGCCGAGAUUUCAACAAAGAAGAAAUCGUAGAAGGUAAUGUCGCAAGUUUUGCACAAGAAUCAAUUGAAGAGGAUACAGUUAACAAAUCUCAAGAAGACGAAAAUGAGAAGAAAAAAUUAAAGGAAGAGGGAAGCUGUAUAAAGAGCUUAAAAGAAGGCAAUGGUGAUGGUCUCUCACCGGAGUACAUUCGAGAAGAUGAAAGUGAAGCGUUGAAAGAUGAUGAAAAGGAUGCAGUGAAGUCCGGGGGAGAGAUUCUUAAAGAGCCACAAACUGAUGGAGUAGAUGUGAGCAUCACAUGCGAGACAACUACGAUUGCUGAAAGGUCUGAAGAAAUUGUUAGUUCUUCACCGUUGAAAUAUGAAGUCGGCGAGCAGAGAGAAAGUAGCAGUCCGGGUUCAAAGGAGGAGGGUAGCAAUGAGGACACAUUUUCUAUCAAAGUGGCUGAAGAGGGCAAUGGCGAUAGUGGUGCAGUCACAGUCACAGAAGCAAGUGCAGACGUAAAUGAAGAAGAAGGUUUACCACAGGCCGUGCAGAAAUAUGAACUGGUAGAGGGGCAUGAAAAAUUGCCGGAUGAGAUGCCUGAAGAAAGUAAGACAGAAUCAUCGAGCAAAAAGGCCGAAGUAGUUAGCUGCACAAAAGAGGAAGAGACAACACCCAUGAAUGAUACAAAAGAAAAUGAAACUGAAGUAGAGGAGGUGUUUGAGAUUGCAAGUACGGAACAAGAAACAGGAGAACAUGCAACACGGGAAAUUCAUACAGUAGAGGACAACGCUCAAGAGUUCCAUGAUAAAGAAACAACUGUAGAAAAUUUGAACGAAUAUCAGGUGUCAUCUGAAGCAGCAGAUUCGAGCACAGAUAUUGUUGGAAAGAACUCAGAUGAACAGGCCAGUAGAGAACUCUCUUCUUCGCUGGUAGGAGACGAUACAAGUAAUGAAAGCUCAAAGCAAGAAGAAAACUAUGUGUCAAGUCUGAAAGAAGAGGAAAAGGAAGUGAAUGUGGAGUGUAAGGAGCCGGUUGAGGGAGCAAAUGCGACACACGAAACAAAAUUUGAAACGUUAGAGGACAGUAUAGAGCCAAAAGAGGACCUGUAUGCUCAUAUUUCAGAGGAAGAAACCCACACAGAAGAAAGCAGUAAAGUAGUUAAUUUGCUGCAGUCUGAGGUAUCUGAGAAAGAUGGCUGUUCAGAUUUGGAGGGUGCUGAAGCAGAAACCAAAGAGCAGGUCAAAGAUAUUGAAAUUGAUCAUGAAGAGAAGGGUCUAACAACCAUCUUAACAGAUGGAGCCACCUUGGAAAAUGUUAACUCAGAAGAGUUUCCAGAGAACCAGAUUCCAACAGUAGCAGAUGAAGGUGAAUACAACACUGAGCUGGCGGGAGAUAAGGCUGCUGAGGAAAGCCUUCAAGUGCGACGCCUUGAGGAAGCAGAACCAAAAUUGAGAGUUGAAGAUGAGAGUCGCGAAUCUGAAAACCAUCCCGAGAAUAAGAACAUGAUUGUUGAAGAGCCUCAACUGCUAGAACAGGUCCUGGAUGAGCCAAAGAGCACUGACGGCGAUUUCAGUGAAGGACAAACCACAGAAGGCAAUGCCGCAAUUUGUGCACCAGAAAUAAUUCAAGUAGAAACUGCUAAGAACUCUCAAGACAGUGACAAAGAGACAGAAAAUUUACAGAAAGAGGGCAGUGGUAUCGAGAGCGUAAAAGCAUACAAUACUAAUGACCUGUCACAAGAAUUUACUCCGGAAGAUGGAAGCAAAAAUUUUGAUGAUAACAAACAGGAUACAGUGAAGUUCGAAGGAGAGAUACUCAAAGAGCCAGAGAUUGAUGGAGUAGGUGAGAGCACCACAUAUGAAACAAAUCAGAUCGUUGAAACAUCUGAAGAAAUUUUGGAUGCUUCACCAGUGAAGUAUGAAGAAGGUCAGCCGGGAGAAGGUAGCAGUCAAGAUUCAGCAAAAGCUUCAAAGGAGGAGGAUGUUAGUGAAGUUGAUGACAAUAAUGGUGCGGUCACAGUUACCGAGUCAAGUGCGGUGGUAACAUCAAAAGGAGAAGAAGAUUCAGCAGAGGCUUCAGAGAAAUAUGAACCGGAAGAAGAGAAGGUACCGGUCAGAAUUAGUGAUGUACCAGAUGCGAAAGAGGUUUGCGACUUGGAAGAUAAAGCUUCUUUUGCUGAAAAGACAACAGAAGAGACAAGCUUGCAGAAGGAAGGGCAUGCAGAGGUUUCUGAAUUGGCUCCGGAAAAGCUAGAUGUUGAUGCUACUGAAGAAGAAUUCAAAGAAAGUUCUGAAAUAGUUCCUGAAUCUGAUUCUCGGAGCAUUGAUGUAGUUUCAAAAGAUGAGAUCAUUGCUAGUCAGACACUCGACAAAGGGAUGUUACAAGAGCAAGUUGAAAUACCAUCUUGUACAUUGCUUACCGAGGAAAAGGAGAUCGAAUCUUCUCAACAUGAGCAUGAAACUCCAACCAAAGACAAGGAUACAGAAGAAGAGCCCGAAAAGGAAGUGCCAGCUGAUGGAAACGUGGGAGAUUUAUUUGCUUUGAGGUCAGAAGACAAGGCACCGUUGCAAAAGGAAGAGUCCGAAGAGCUCAAAGCUUCUGAGUUGGCUCUGGAAAAGCUGGAUGCAGGUGAUACAGAAAAAGAAAUCAAAGAAACUUUUAAGACAAUCUCUUUAUCCAAUUCUCAAAGCACUGAUGCAGUUUCGAAAGAUGAAAUUGUUGCUGAUCAAACACACCUUGAGGCAUCUUAUGCUUUGCUUCCCAAGGAAGAGGAGCUCAGAACUUAUCAAGACGAUCGUGAAACUACAACCCAAGACAAAAGUAUAGAGGAGUAUGCCAAGGAAACAGAAGUGCCAGCUGAUGAAAAUGGCAGAGAUUUAGUUGCUGCAACGUUGGCAGAAGAGACACUGUUGCAAAAGGAAGAGCCCAGGGAGCUCAAAGUUUCUGAAUUGGCUCCAAAAAAUCUGGAUGCUGGUGAAACGGAAGAAAUCAAAGAACCUUUUGAAAAGGUGUCCAAAUCUGAUUCGCAAAGCGCUGAAGUUGUUUCGGGAGAUGAGACGACUGCUUAUCAGACACUCAAUGAAGGUAUAUCAAAUGAGGAGCUUCAAUUACCAUCUUACACUUCACUUCCCGAGGAAAAGGAGUGUCAGGCAGGUGAAAGUGAAGUGCCAGCUGCUGAAAAAGGGGGAGAUUUAAUUUCUGCAAUGUCAGUCGAAGAGACAAUCUUGAAAAAGGAAGAGCCCGGGGAGCUCAAAGUUUCUGAAUUGGCUCCAGAAGAGCUGAAUGCUGGCGAAACUGAAGAAGAAAUCAAGAAAACUCCUGAAACAGUAUCUGAACCUGAUUCUCCAAGCACUGACGUGGUUUCGAGGGAUGAGGCCAUUUCUGAUCAGACACUCCAUGAAGGAAUAUCAACAGAGAAACUUCAAAUACCAUCUUCUAUAUUGCUUCCUGAAGAAAAGGAGAUCAAAGCUUCUGAAGAGCAUAGAACUACAUUCUGUGACAAGAAUAUAGAAGAAAACGCAAGCAAUUUGCAAAUGCAAGUUGAUGAGAACGUAAAAGCUACAAGCAUGGAGGAAGAGACAAGCUUGAUAAAGGAAGAGCCGAGGCAACUCAAAGCUUCUGAUUUUGAGCUUCAACUUAAAGCAGAAGUACCAAGGAAAAGUUCAAAUGAAGAGAUCAAGAAGGAUGAGAAACUUCCAGAAGAGUCGGAGCCAUAUUCUGUCAGAGAAGAGAGCCAUGAUGAAAACAAAGCAAAAGGUGAAAAACAAGGAGAGCAGAUUGAUGAAACAUCUACGAUCAAAACAAAUGAACAUCAGAACGAGUUGUCUGAGGUAGAUGGAAAGGGAAUUGCUAGUGACAAGUAUGAAAGACAGCUUACAUUUGAAGGCCUAAGUAUCAAGGAGAAAGACCCACGCUUUAUCGAGGAUAAGACAACACAUGACGGCUUUCCAGAAGAAGAGAAGAGAGUUGAGGAGGCAGCUUUUGAAUUUGGUCUUAAAAAUCAGGGAGAUGAAAUAAACUCUAAGAGCAGCAUAACAUCAACCCAAAUGGAAAAGGAUUCAAGCACUGAGGUCAGCCGUAAGGCUCCUAUUGUUGAAACUUCACAAGGGAUUGAAUCAAAUGAAUGUGGAAAAGUAAUAUCGACUGAAUCAGGGACAGUUUCGUUACCUAAUCUUGUGCCUGAAUCAACAAAAGAAACAGCAACAGCUUGCAAAGAACUGAAAACAGAGGAGGACGAAGAAGAAGAGCACGAAAUUUCUGAACAAGUGAAAACGGAUGAAGAGAAAGGAGAAAACGAACACAAAAACCGAGAGGCAGGAUAUGAGUCCCCCAUCAUGGUAGAAGCCUCAAGGGAUGCUGAUGUCAAUGUGAAGGUCGUUUCACAUAAGAAAUCUAAUAACAUUCUUUCGGGUAUCAAGCAUUCGAUGUCCAAGGUGAAGAAAGCCAUCAUCGGUAAGUCUUCUCAUCCAAAGACGCAUUCAGAAAAAUGAAUGAAAAAAAAUAUGCAAGAAUCCAGAUGAGUUCCAGCAGUUGAAGAAUUGGGUGCUUUAAGGAAUUUUGUGGGUGUGCUUCCAAGUUCCGAUUGUUAUCGAUAACAUUGAAGAGAUUUGAGUGUGAUGUGUGUGAUUGUGCAGCUUGAGUUAAUAUUCGUUGAUGUGUGAAGAGUGAGCUAAAUGAUUGCAGGACUGUAAAUUUGUAAUUUGUGUACAGUAAAGGUCAAUUGUAUAUGUUUCUCACUUCGAUUUUUUGAGUGAAAAGUGAGAUUUUUGAAUAUUUAGUCACAAUUUUAUGUACCAAUCCUAAAUUUGAGUGUGCUAGCUCUAUUUCGAGUGGCAAUAAUA